AUGUCAAAUUGGGACUUUGGAUAUUUUUUUGGUGAAAUUUCGAAUGAGUCAUAUGUCUCCGAAAUCGUUUGGUUACCCGGCGUUGAUCGAGGUGAGGAGGAGGUGGUUUCCGUGCGUCCGCAACACGCCGGAACUUACCAUUCGCAUCAGGAAGGGAGUGUGCGGUCCGUGAUGCCUGAUUUGAACCAGGAGGCAGGACCAUUUUACGUGGCUCAAAGCUAUCCGCAACAGGAAAAAUAUGCAUACGGGACUUACCAUUGCCAUCAGGAAAAACAACGCAAGAAAAAGUCCGAGGAAGAUGCUUUUGACAUCGAGGAAGACGAGAACGAAAUCGAGAAAGGUGUUACACACUUCGAGGAAAGUGAUCAAGACGAGGAAGAUGGUGGUGGCUGGGACAAUGGUGGUGGCUGGGACGAUGGUGCUAAUGACCCGAAAAAACAAGGAAAGGUAUUUGCGACACUUCACGGGUUAAAGAAUUGGGCUUACAAAACAGAAAUUGCGAAAGGUUACGUCAUUGUGACCCAACGAAAGGUAACAAAAGGUGAAGAUUCGUCAGCAAGGACAUUGAAGAUAUGGUUGCAAUGCGACCGUGGAGGCACAUGCAAAAGUAAAGCAACAGUUCGGCGUUCUGGUAGCAAGAAGAUUGGGUGUCCUUUUAAAAUGAUAGGGAAACUAGACGCAAGUAGUGGCAAUUGGAGCUUAGUGGUGAAGCAAAAGGAUCAUAACCAUGAGCCUGCGGUAUUUCUCGAGGGUCACGCGUUUGCAAGAAGGUUGACCCCAGACGAAGAAUCAUUGGUAGAGAGACUUUAUAUUCAAAACAUGGAGCCUACGAACAUACAUUUAACCAUAAGAAAACAAAACCCACAGAGCGUGUGCAUUCUACGAGACAUACAAAACGUGAUAAAAAAGAUUAAAGUCAAAAUGUACGGUGAUCGGACUCCAAUGCAGAUAUUGGAGCAAAUGUUGCAUGAAGGAAGGUAUGUUUACCACACCCGGGUGAAUCCCGAAACAAAUGCGGUCGAGGAGGUUUUUUUUGUUCAUCGGUACUCGUACGAUAUUUGGCGUGCUUUCCCACAUGUGUUGAUGAUUGAUACCACUUACAAAACGAAUGAGUAUAGACUUCCGUUUGUUCAAAUUGUGGGUGUGACAUCGACACACAAGUCGUUUUGUGUCGCUCAUGCUUUUAUCUCUAAAGAAAAACAGGAUAACAUCUUUUAG